UCACUCUCUUCUAUCACUAUGCGUUACUCUCUAGCCGUUCCGGCUUUUGCAGCCCUGGCUGCUGCCCUUCCUGCUCCUCAGCUUAUCGACCUUGACAUGGUCAUCGCACAGCCCGAAAUUUCCUACACGACCACCGCUUCAAGCGUCACCUAUGAUGCUACCUCUAUCGCUGCACAGGCUACCGAUGAUAUCACCUCAGUCUCCGUGGACGUCAGCGCUAUCGCUACCGCAACCCCUCUUGCAAUUGAGAAGCGAGGUGCAUGUGCUCCUCAGCCUACUGGAGUCACUGGAGUUUACGGCCCUCCUGCCCAAGCAUCCGAGGACACUGUUGGUGCUUUCGCGGCCAAUACUGCCUUUGCAGCUGCAGCUUCCAACGCUCCUACUCCUUCUGGCUACUCAAACACCUUCACCAACCUGAACGCAUCUAACAAUGCCUACGGUUAUAUGGGAUACACUACCCUGGCCAGCUACGACACCGAGAAAUGCGCCUCCAAGUGCAAUGCCAUCAACGGCUGCAUGUCUUUCAACUUGUACUUCGAGCGUGACCCAUCUGUCGACCCUGCUGCUGGUUGCGAGAACCCUACCAGCAACACCAUGAUCAAGUAUGCGUCUGACAACUCGCCANNGUGUGUGUUCUGGGGAGGCCCUGUUUCUUCUUCCAACGCCAACAACUAUGGUCAAUGGCGCAACAAGUUCCAGGUUGCCAUCGCUGGCUCCAAUGGUUACACCAACCAGACUCUCGAGGUCCCUGCUGGUUUUGGCAAUGUUCAGUACCUCAACAACGCUGCCAUCAACGCUCCUCUUGAUUACGAAGGUUAUGACACUUACAUGGGCUCUCGUAUCUUCACUGCUGGUCCUUUCAACGCCUCUCUCUGCGCCGCCUUCUGUCAAACCCAGAACACCUACAAUAUUGCCCACCCUCCCAGCAACGGUGCUCCCGUCAAGAUCUGCAACUUCUUCAACACCUACCUGCUUUAUGUCAACAAGACCUCCAACAUUGAAGGCCAAUACUGCGCUCUGGCCAGUACCGUGGAAACGAUCACNUACAUGAUUGAGUACUCUUACACCUUCACCAACACUUCCAACCCCGGCUUCAAACCCUCAAAGGGCGACACCAACGGCGUCAUUCACCAGGCUUCUAUCGACAUCAAGUACGCCACUCUCCAGCUCUUCUGCUCCGCAGCUCUCGGAUACAGCGAUCUUCUUGCUACCGUCACUCCUAUGACCUUUGUCACUCCCAUGGCCACCAGCACAAUCCUGAGCACCACCACAACUACCGCUACUAGCAUCAACAAGCGCGCUGCUUUGACCACCACUUCUGCAUCUUUGUCAGUUCCCGCUGCUCUGAAGAAGUACCCCUCUUCGAUUCUUUCCAGCGCCUGUUCCAUGGUGGUCACCCAAGCUACCAGCACCUCCACUUCCACCGCCUCUGUCUUCACCGUCACCGCUGCUACCCAGACCACUCUUGAGACAUCGAUCCAGACUGUCACUGCCUCUCCUAUACCCAGCACCUGUGGCAACAAGGGCAUCCAAUACGCCUAUUACGGUGAUAACGCCUACUCUGAGGGUACUAAUGUCAACUUUGUGCAGCCUUCGAAGUACGCAAAUGUUCAGCCCACCUGGGAGUCUACUACGAGCAUGGUUGGUGGCGUCAACGUUCAACCAGGCGCCUCCAUGCAGAUCUACGACUCAGGACGUUUCGAGAACUCGGAAUACUUCAUCCUGAAUCACCGCGGCUACAUUUUCGCUCAGGUGUCGGGCACCUACACCUUUCAAAUCGGCAACCCUGAUGAUAUUGUCUUCCUGUGGCUUGGAGAAUAUGCUCAGAAGGGCUGGAACUCGGGCAAUGCCAAGGCUGUUGCCUCCAUCGCGAGGGAAACCGGCUAUCAAAAUUUCGCCUCGACUCAGUACACUCUGGAGGCUGGAGAAUACCUCCCUUUCAGAAUUCUCUUCGGUCAACAGAAUGGCCCGGCNCCUUUUACCUUCUCUAUUACUGCUCCUGAUGGCACUGUCAUUCUGGGCAGCAACACUCCUCAGUCCGACGCUAUUGUGCAGUUCUCUUGCGACGGCACUACCGCUCCCCAGUUCCCUGCUUUUGGCCACGAGUAG